GAGAUAGACAGAGAGGACACAGGGGAUAGAGAGAUAGACAGAGAGGACAGAGAGAUAGACAGAGAGGACACAGGGGAUAGAGAGGUGGAAGGAGAAAGAUCAGGGGAUCGAAAGACGGAAGGGGAAAGUGUCAGGGAUGGAGAGAAGGAAGGUGCCAGCAGCCUUAGCUCUGAGGGGAGCUGUAGUGAAACCCACUGGUCUCCUUCACCCCAUCCCAUCCUCUCCAGGAUGCUCAUGCAUUCCUCCGUCUCUUCCUCCGCUUCCUCAUUCAACUGCUCCUCAGCGGAGAGCGAUGAGGUCUUCAGCGAAGGAGAGGACACUGCCAGCAAGAGGAGCACCAUGAGGAGGUGUCGCUCCUGGAGGACCUUCCUGACCAUGAUGCAGUGGUCAGUGCGUCGGCAGAGUUCAUGGGUCCAGCUAGCAGGACAUCAAGGUAACUUCCAGUUGAGUGAGGGGGGCGAGGUGCUGAAGCGUUUCAGUGAGGUGGAGGCUGUGUGUCUGCAGGCCCUCAUGGCUGACCCCCUGCGUCCGUUUGUACCGCAGUACCAUGGCUCGGUCAACAGGGGGGGCAACAGUUACAUCCGCCUGGAGGACUUACUGAGUGGCCUGAAGAACCCUGUCAUCAUGGACUGCAAGAUGGGCGUGAGGACAUAUCAGGAGGAGGAAUUAACCAAAUCACACACCAAGCCCACCCUACGGAAUGAUAUGUACCAGAAGAUGGUCAAAGUAGAUCCGACGGCUCUCACUGUGGAGGAACACGAGCAGCGAGGUGUGACGAAGUGGCGCUACCUGCAGUGGAGGGAUAACACCAGCUCCACCUCCACACUAGGCUUCAGGAUUGAGGGCAUCAUGAUGGAGAACGGCAGCAUACAGCGGGACUUUAAGAUGCUCACCCCAGCACAGGUCACCGAGGCCCUCCUCUCCUUCACCAAGAGUCAUCUACACAUCCUGAAGGCCUACCAUUCCAGACUUCAGGCUCUGGAUGAAGCCCUGAAGGAAUCCACAUUUUUCAAAGCCCAUGAGGUGAUUGGCAGCUCGCUCCUCUUCGUCCACGACUGGACCAGUAAGGCCAGCAUCUGGAUGAUAGACUUUGGGAAGACCACCCCGUCGCCCAGCACUGUGCAGCUGAGGCACGACGUCCCAUGGGCCGAGGGGAAUCGGGAGGAUGGGUACCUGAUCGGGCUGGCCGCCCUCACCUCCCUCGUGGGUCAGGCCAUCAGCCAGGCAGCAUGCAGAUAGGAGGAGAAGCAUGGAGAGGAGACAGACAGUGUCACACACACCCUGCAGGAACAGGAACACACACGACUAAAAGUCAGGGGGGUCAGGGCGGUCAGGGCGAGACAGCACAGAAUGAAAGUACUUCUGAUUGAAGAAGAGAGGCCACAUCAGGACAAUACUCACAGGAAUGUGUUCUCUAAUUUACAUGGAUGAUGUUUGUGGAUGAUUGCAAUAGACACUAUUAAUGGAUAGAAUUCUCUUAACUGUUUAGAAAUAAGACAAUCUUUUUCUAUUUCUCACAAAAACAACCUACUGUACAAAUGCCUCAUCUAUAGACAUCAUAUUGACAGUUAUCAAUAUAUUCUAACUCAAAUGUGCACCAUAGA